CAAUAUGCAUACAGUAUCAAAAAAACAUUUCUAAACGAAGGAAACUUUUUCACUUAGAUGUCAUCUACUGUAUAUUAACUUUUGCUUUAUCACCUCCUCAAGCGUGUUCUUCCCCUCACUAAACACCAACACCAAUCCAAAAUCAAUCAUAUCAAAUAUCAAAUAUCGCUUCCAUCACGUGGUUUCUGACAACUCAAGCCUCUUUGUGAAUUAAGUGGCUCUGCUCGAUUCAUGCUGGAUCUUCUGUCAUCGCUAAACUCAGUAUGAAGGACCUUGGUUUAAUCUUUCUGUUCCCAUUAUUGGUAAACGUGGUGUCUGGCAUUGAGACAGAUGUUGUGGUGUCAGUAUCUGUGAUUUUGGGAGAUGCUGUCACUCUACAGACGGAAGUUACUCAAAUACAAAGUGGCGUGAUUGAGUGGAGGUUUAGAGGACAUCGCAUUGCCAUAGUCGACAGUGACUCCAAUAAGAGAGUACAGGCUAAUGUUACUGAGGAAUUCAGACACAAACUGCAGCUGGACAAUCAGACCGGAGAUCUCAAGAUCAGAAACAUCAGAACUGAAAACAUUGGACUGUAUAAACUUGACAUCUACAGUGCCAGAGGGUCAUCAGAAAAGACCUUCAAUAUCAGCGGUGUGGCGUCGGAUGGAGUGAAGGUCAUGACGGUGAUGGAGAGAGACUCUGUCGUUCUACCCUCAGGUCUAUCUAAAAUACAGAGAGCAGAUCAGAUAACCUGGAAGUUUAAAGGCAUGCUCAUAGCUGAAAUAAAACAGACAGCUGGAAUCUUCUCUACAUAUGAUGUUCUUGAUGGGAGAUUCAGAUACAGACUGCAUCUGAACAAUCAGACUGGAUCGCUCAUCAUUACUAACGUCAGACCCUACGUCUCUGGACUUUAUGAAAUAAACAUCAGCAAGAGCAGCAGCAGAUACACAACGCACAAGACAUUCAAUGUGACUUCUAUCGAUGGAGAGAACAGGCUGUCGGUGAUGGAGGGAACUUCUGUCAUGCUACAAUCUGGUGUUUCUGAAAUACACAGAGAUGACGUGAUCGAAUGGAGGUCUGAGCAUGGAGACUCUAUCAUAGCAAAAAUCGAUGGAGGGACAAAGAACUUCACUACAUUGGAUGGAGCUGAUGGGAGAUACAGCGACACACUGGAGCUGGACAGUCAGACCGGAUCUCUGACCAUCAGGCACAUCAGAACUAAACACGCUGGACUUUAUCACCUCGAUAUCACCGGCAACCGGCGCACAAUAUUCAAGAGAGUCUUUAUUUCUGUCUGUCCACAGAAUUGGUCUCGAUAUGUUAUGGUCAUAAUUGUUGUUGCUGUUUUGCUGUUGGUCGUGAUUGGAGCUGCUGUUGUGAUUCGUUGUCGUCAAACGCAAAAUGGCAAGUAUUAUAAACAGCUGAUAUAUUAAGCGGAGCAUUUGAGAUUUACUAUGUAACAGAGACUUUGAAGAUGAAAAAAUCCUUUAAAUAUAUGUUUAGUUGGGCUCGCUGCCAUCAGGGGGAAUCCAAUAUCAGGUAUAAGAUGCUGUUUGCUCCAUUAUUUUCAACAUAAUAAAACUGUGUUUUUGCUGACUGUUUUUGAGGAAUUUACAUGUGACACUACUGUCCAAACUGGUGCUCAGAUUGUCAAAUGUGUGAAACCCUGUUCACAACUUCCUCAAAUGCAGACUUUUUGGAGAAAUGAUACCAGUCUUGUCAACGUUGUCUUAUUUAAUGUUAGUUUUGGACACAUUUUCAGACUGAGAAUUUCAACAUCUCAAAAAGACCCUUAACUGAGUGUUCCUAAUCGUAUCUGAUGUGUUUCUCUUGUUUCUCUUGUUUUUUGUGUGUUUUUCAGUUAAUGGCUCUGUAAUAUGAGAGCGAUGUUUUGCAUUCUUUUGGGUGCCGUGAUCAGAUGUCUGUCCAACUCCACUGAAGGUGGAAAUGAAAUCCAGCUAAAACUAUGCACCAAGCCUCAACCAGCUUUUGAAGGAUUUUUUGUUUGUUUGUUUGGUUUUUUAUGGUACUAUGACCUUUUCAAAAGGAAUAAUUUCAUUUAUUAAAAUAAUGUUUUUUGUUUUUUUUAUGUCCAUAUUGAUCAAUAUUCAAGCACUAAUGAUUUGUGGUUUUAUUAGUUUGACUGACAAGAGAAUGUUACUGUACUGUACAAUUUCCGCACACAUUUAUAUGCAAUAUUAAAUAGAACAUGAUGCUAGAAACGUAACUGAAAACUGAAUGCAAUCCGAGUCAUUUUGUGUUAUCUCUAAAAUACUUUUAGCUUUCUUCCGCAGCCAAGUAAAACAGUUCCUUAAAGUCAAGCAGGUUUUUAGGAAAAUCUUAAAUCGCUAUAAACUGUGAAUUUGUUUGCCGUUAAAUGUUGUGUGAGUUUAUUAUCUGAAAUAACGGUGUAAUGAGCUGUUCCUGAAUGAUUUAAAAGCUUGACCUUUAACAUUUUAGGCUUCUUUGGACAUAAUGAUCUAAAGAUUCAUAGUAGAAACCUGUCUGUGUGACUUCUGUGUAUCUCUUUUAUAUUACUUUUUAUGUUGUUGUGUGGUGUCAUGUCUUUACAAGUACAUUAGAAACUACUAUCUAUCUAUCUCAGGGUAUGCCUUGCUUUCAUAUAGUAACACUCGUUGAAUUUAUGCUGGUCAAGGUCUGUAUAUUUAAAGCUGGUUUAAUUUUGAUAUUUUAUUUUGAAAAACAAUUAAGGGGAGACACUGCAGGCAAAAACACUGUUUUUUCAUGCACCUGUCAAUUUUGAGAUUUUGGGCUUUUUGGUUUUUCAUAAAGUGUUUUUUCAGACUAGUAGAACGAAAACAUCCAAAAGACACUGUUAAGUGUUUCUUUUAUAGCACUUUAUCUAUUUGUGUCAAUAGAUUUCAAUUACAAUACAUAUUUUUAAAGGCCGUUUUCACAAAAUGAGUUUUUUCUCCUACACUGAGCCAUAAAUCUCCACUUCAGUAGCACUUACAGACACCAAACUUCACAUUUUUAUUCCUGUCUAUAUCCUGAAGGUUUUUACAGAGGGAUUUGUUCAUAUAUAAUUUGCUUGAUUAUAUACAACAUUUUAAUUCCCCCAAAAUUUUCAAAAUAUAGUGUUUUCUGUCUGUUCUAAGUAUUUUCUGAAUUAUGGAGUGACAAAAUGAGAUAUCCAAAAUUCCCUCUGUAAAAACUUUUGACUGUAAUAUGUCAAAAAAAUGAAACAAGAAUUUUGAAACUGACUUCAUCCAGUGUUUAGAUUUUUGUACUAGAAAUGUAUGCAAAUUAGUGCAUAUUUCAUUAAAUAAUGCCUCAUUUGCAUAUUUAAACCUAACAUUUUAGAAAACUAGUAAUACAAAAAAUGUUUGCAAUUAUCAAUGUAAUCAAUCAACUAGGUAAGUAAGGCGAUAACUAUUAGUAAAAAAAAUUACCCUAUUCACCUGCAGUGUCUUGCCUUAAAUUAAAUUAUCUUUAUAUGUUCAUGUGAUAAAUGUCAAUAAAUACAGGUCUGAUUUAUA